AUGACUACAAUCACAAACUCGAACACUCAACUUCAGAAGAUUGUGGAUGAAAACGAAGACUGCAUUAAGCAGAAGAGCGACAAAAAGAGCGAGGUGCCGUCGAGAAUCCAGGAAGUCGACUCAUCAGAUGAGGACGAUUUUGACGAGCGAGUCGAGAAGUUGUUCAACGAACUCGACGAUUUCGAGCGAAAGAUUCUUGAGGCGAAGGAGUCGUACACUCAUUGGGAGGAGGAUCGCAAAAGAGAGGAGUCGGAGUACAGCGACUUCAUCUACACUGACGACGAGGACGAUGACGAGAAGAAGUGA